CCGCGGAGGUCCAAUCAGUGUCGUGUUGUGCUCCGCGGGCGUCGAGUGUGGCGCAGAGUGCGUGUGGCAGUGUGUGGCUACGUCAGUGCGUGCGUGCGUGUGUGUGUGUGUGUGUGUUUGUGUGACUGUGCGACCACCGCAGACAAGAUGCGCUGCUGGGUGUUGUGGGUGUGCUUCGCUCUGUGGUGCGGCGUGCUGGAGCAGGGGGGCAGCGUGGCGGGCCACCUGCUCCGGGUCCAGGCCGGCGGGCUCCUCUCCGAUGACGCCAACUUGACCAGCAGUGCAGCAGACACCGUGUCAUCCAGUGGGGCCCCCGGGCCCGCAACUCUGGCCCCCGUGGCUGCGACUGUGUCUCCAGUGUCCGCUAACGUUUCCCCUGUGUCCGCUACCGUUGCCCCAGUGUCCGCUAACGUGUCCCCUGUGUCCGCUACCGUUGCCCCAGUGUCCGCUACCGUGGCCCCCACGGCCCCCGUAUCCGCCACCGCGGCUCGCGUGCCCCUCACCGCGGCCCCCGGGGAGGUGUCGACUCUACGACGGCGUCCCGCUGAGGUGACGUCGCAUCCCCCUCCGACCGUCGACGACAGUCUGACCAGGAAGAAGCCGAAGAAGAACUCCACCUUGGGCGCGGAAGUCAUCACCACCCUCAUCGACGGCUGGAGCGGCGAGAGCGAGGACUCCAAAUUCGGCUCUGAGAUCCGCGAGCAGUUUGGCUUCCUGGUGCAGGCCGUGACCAAGCUGGGCGCUGCCGCCAUCAACGAGUACGCCUCAUCGGGUGAGGCGACCAGGGCGGCGGCCAGCCACACCAGGACGGCGAGGGCGGUGGACAACGUCGGAGAAGGACGGCGCCGACAGGUGCGCCGACUGCUGGUGCGCUACCUGGUGCUGCUCAAGGUGUUCGCCCUGGGCAUCAUCCUGCCCGGCGCCGUGCUGCUGUCGCUGCUCCAGUCCUGGAAAGCCGUCACGCUGUCCCUCAUGGCGCUGCUGCUCGCCGGCGUCAUCGGCAUCCGGGGGCUCGUCACCUCGGCCGCGAAGGGGCAGACAGCUGAGGUGAUCCACACGACAGGGCCUGGAGGCCACUACUGGCGCCGGGUGUCCGCUCAAGAGCAAGGUCAGGAGCCGGACCGGCUCGCCUACGGCGCGUACGUCCCCGUCAGCUGAUGAAGAUGAGGAAAUCAGGACUCAUCGUGCCUUUAAUGUCACAA